CUUAAAAACCUUCCUCUUCUCCUCCUCCUCCACCCCCGUCGCAUCGUCCCCGCCCCACCCGAGCCCCCCCGCCGCCGCCGCCCCACUCCUCCCAUGGCCAAGCAACGGCGUCUCGCCGCCGUCCUACCUGCCCUGCUCCUCCUCGCCUGCGCGCUGCCUCGCGCGGCCUCCCGCGCCGCGCCAAGAACGGCCGUCGCCGGGGGCGGCGGCGGCGCGGCCGACACGAUACACGAGCUCCUGCGGACGCACGGGCUCCCCGGCGGCCUGCUCCCCAGGGGGGUCGAGUCGUACAGCCUCGACGAGGCGAACGGGCUGCUCGAGGCGCGGCUGUCGGCGCCGUGCUACGCCAAGUACGACGACGGGGACCUGGCGUUCUUCGACACCGUGGUGCGCGGGAACCUCAGCUUCGGCGCGCUCCGCGGCGUGGAGGGCCUGUCCCAGGAGGAGCUCUUCGUCUGGCUCCCCGUCAAGGGCAUCGUCGUCGCCGACCCGGGCUCCGGGGUUAUCCUCUUCGACAUCGGCUACGCGCACAAGAGGCUCUCCAGGUCGCUCUUCGAGGAGCCACCGGACUGCAAGCCGUCGGCCUCCGCCGAGACGGACGCCGCCGACGCCGCCAGGUGGAAGGACAGACAAGAAGAUGUUCCUGGCCUGAGGUUGAGGGGAGAGGCAUCAGGAGGAGAAAACCACCAGGACCAGAGGUGAAGGAGUUACAGGAAAUGUAAUGAGGGUGAGAUCCAGACAAGAAGACAGAGACAAUGCUGAGCCAGUUUUCCCUUGUGUAAAAAUCCUGUGGUGAAAGUGCUGCUGCUGCAAAGAACAACUACAAACUGCUACUGCUGCAGAGGGUUUGGGUGUAUCUACUUAAGGGAGAUGUGGGUACUUUUGCACCUGGUUUUUUUUUCUCUUUACCUUUUUUGCCUCCUCUCUCUCUCUCUCUCUCUCUCUCUCUAGUCUAUGCACCUGUGUGAUAUUAAGUUUGUCAGUGAUGUGUUACAAGCAAGAAAAGAACAAGGAAAAGGUGGGGUGAGAAGCCAAUUGGGGCUGGUUUUUUGAGAUUCUUCAGAAGGGAAUUUUCUUUGGUAUGUUGGUGUAUGUAUGUGUGUGUGCCAGCUCAGCAGUGAGUGAGCUGGGCACAGCACAGGCUUGCCUUUCCUGCACUGCAUGUGAGCUUGUUUGUGUUGGCUGGCUGGUGGUUGAGUGCUUCUUCUCCUGCCUAAGAUGAUGAGAUUAGUACAUAUACAAUCAUACAAUACCAUGCUACUCCUUCAAU